AUGGCUGACAGACGCCGCACAAACGCUCCCGCCGGCGGCACCAGCGCCCCGGUCUUCGCAUCCACCCUGCCCAACCAUGAGGCCCCCGCGCCAAUGCGCCCGACGCGUUCCAGAAAUCCUGACGAGCUGCGGAAAAUAUUCCUCAAGACGGGCCUCACCCCUUCCGCCUCCGGCUCCGCCUACCUCGAACUCACGCCCUCCACCACCACCACCAAGACCACCAACGCCAGCCUUGCCUUCCCCACCGGCAGCCUAAAGCUAUCUUGCGUGGUGCAAGGGCCGAAGCCGCUGCCGCGCUCCUCGCCAUUCACACCCUACCUCAACCUGACGACGACGCUCAAGUUCGCGCCCUUCGCCGCGCGGCAGCGCCGCGGCUACGUGCGCGACGCCGGCGAGCGCGACCUCGGCCAGCACCUGGAGGCGGCGCUGCGCGGCAUCGUCAUCGGCGAGCGCUGGCCCAAGAGCGGCGUCGACGUCAUCAUCACCGUGCUGGAGGGCGAGGAGGAUGGCUGGGCGGGCGACGAGCUGGGCCUGGAUCCCGGCCCGGGCGGGAGGGGCAGCGUCGGCAUGGGCUGGGGCAUGAUGAACGUCUUGGCGGGCUGCAUCACCGUCGCGAGCGCCGCCAUCGUCGACGCGGGCAUCGACUGCGUGGACAUGGUCGCGGGCGGCGUGGCGGCGUUGGUGAGGGACGGAGAGGGCGGGCAGGAGCUGGUCUUGGACCCGAGCCCGCCCGAGCACAAGGAUCUGGUGGCCGCUUGCGUCGUGGGAUACCUUCCCGGCAGGGAUGAGAUAACGGAGCUGUGGAUGAAGGGAGAUGCGGGGGAUCGCGCCGAGGACCUUGUGGAGAGGUCCGUUCAGGCUGCUCUAGCCUCGAGGUUGGUCCUGGAAGAAGCUGUCAAAGAAUCGGCGGCGCUCAAGUUCCCUCAAUUCGCUGGGAAGCUGCCUCUGGCUGGAGCAACGGAUGUCGAGAUGGCAGGUUGA